AUGACCACGCCGUCCGCCCUCGCCGCCGCCGUUGCGAACGCUCUCCGCGCAUCGCGCAGCAUGCAGGAGCGACGACCUGCGGACAAGGGUGCACAGAGCUGCCCCUUCGGCCUGCCAGACAUGCAAUCGUCGCGACGAGGACAGGGCAAGAGACAAAGCUCGCUCCCGAGCAGCCUCCACCCACACCUGGUCUCGGGCCAGACGAGCACGACGUCAGAAAAGGAUCCCCCGCCGGAGGGCGGCGGUACAGGAAGGGAGGGGGCCGGAGGGCACGCAUCAUCCUGGGAGGGUUCGUACACCUUCCCUCCCGUCCGUUCUUUCCGUGAUGCGCCGUUCUUUCCUGUAACGCUGAACCCCGCUGCCUUUGAGGAGGGUAGUGGUAGCGGCGGUAGUCGCAAUAGGAGUCAGUCGCCCGAGCCUGCGCCUGCAUCCCGCAGUGCACCCCCGCAGGCGGGGACCCGCUCACAACAGCUCCCAGCCGUCGUGCUUCCGCCUCUCCCGUCCAGAGAGCCUUUGGAAACAGGUCAAACCGACCCUGUACGAUUCACUCCAGGAAGACUCAGAGCGACCCCGUUUCUUGAGUCUCAUACCUCCUCCACCUCCUCCAAUAUCUUUCCCUUCGAAUACGAACCCCACAGAUAUGGGCUAUACGAACCUCCACGCCUAUAUUCAGAGAUCAGACGAUCGGCCAAUCAACCCCCGCCCCUUUCGUUUAUCGUUACGGAACCCGAAGAGGGAGAGCCUGGACCUUCUACGCAGGGACGUAGGACUGUCUCUCAAGAGCAUGAGUACCCACAGAGGGCAGCUGUCCCUGUAUCAGCGCAGGAUCAGCCGUUGGAGUAUCGGCUUGCCCCAUUUCUUCAUCCAUAUCCGCAGUUUGUGGAGGGUCCCCAGCCUACGCAGCUCAGCCCGUUUGUUGACUGGCCCCGGCUUCCUACCUUCGAAUACCACCCGCCCGAGGGUCGGCCGCCCAACCUUCCGCCUCCGCCUGACCAGGCGUCGGGUGUUCGUGCACCAUCAGAGGCAAGAUCUUCUUCACGGGAGAGGCCUAUCCGAGGAAUCCCAUACCGAUCGUACUUCUCCCCAGAGGCUACCAGAGCAGAACGCCGGACACCGGACUCAGGUCAUCAAGAACAGGGUAAUGCUUCAGAUAUCGAACGUCGUGAGUCUCGGAGGGCGGAAAAGCGCCGGCGGGUUGAGCCUGUCCCGGAUGAGCCUGCACCCAGACGAUUCGAUGCCCCAGCGCCGCGUAGCUUCCCUCCGUCUGGUGCUGAAACGAGAUCUGGAGGGCCAGUGAGGGCCGAUGCGGCGUCUUACCAUGAGUUUCCAAGAUGGGCAGAUUCUCCAGCUGCUGUUGCUGCUGUUUCUCACAGGAGUGUGGGCCGAAGCCCGUUCGACGUCGAACCAUCGCGGGCGGAGGAUCCAUAUCCAUGGACUCCGGCCGAGUGGCCGCCGUUCCUCUCCGAGGCUCGGUUCUCUCACCAGUCGUCGGGGACGUCUGGUGAUGAUGGUGAGGACACCGAGGAAAGCGUAGGCAGAGGAAAGGCGCGGGGCGUCGACUUGGAAGAGCAGCAGCCUGAGGCUGCGAGCGGGGGGACGAGCAGCGCGGCACCGCCGGACGAGAAUGAGCGACCUCGGAAAAUCUCCAGAAAGACGGAGGUUGCAUGUCAUUUCUGUAGGCGACGCAAGCUGCGGUGCGAUGGACAGCGCCCGACGUGCCGACAUUGCAUGCAGCGUGGGUUUGUCUGUGAAUACGCAGACCGCCCUCGACGACGGGGGCCCGGCAAGGCUCCCAAAGGCAGCAAGAGAGGUGCGCGGCAGACAAGCGCCGGGUCAAGGAAGGCGGCAGCCGGAAGCAAAGCGAGCGAGGCCACUGGAAGCAGCAGCCGCGAGCCUCCGCCGCCACGGUCUCCUUUGCCACGACCACUCCUACCACCACCAUCACGACCACCACGGUCGCCUCCGCCAGGGUAUGAAGCCGUCGCACCGCCCUCGUACGAAGAGUUUGCGGCACCCGCAGGGACGGGCGGGAUGCCUGCAGGGGGACAGGCGCAGGACGCGUCGGUGGUGCUGCCACACUUUACACGGCUGUACGUGACGAGCGGGCCACGCCUGCACCCGGUCGAGCCGUACCUGGAGGAGUUCUACGACGCGGACGACUACCUGAACCUGACGGAUGCGGAGGAAGAGGGAGAGACGCCUCCUCGGCCGCGGUAA